AUGUCGAAUUUGGCAAAGCUCGAAAUCCAUGCUCUUGAUAUGUCUGGGAAAAAUUAUAUGUCAUGGGCAGUAGGUGCAAAAAUGCAUCUAAGAGGAAACGGGCUUCUCGAUACCAUCGAUAAGUCAGAAACGACUUCAGAUGAGAAAAAGGCGAAAGCCAUGAUAUUUUUGCUCCACCAUAUCGAUAAUAGUUUAAAAGAAGAAUACAUCACGAAAGAAAAUCCUGCAGAUCUUUGGCAAUCUCCUAAAGAUAAGUUUGAUCACCAGAAAUAUGUGAUCUUACCAAAAGCCAAACAUGAGUGGUUAAACCUCCGGUUUCAGGAUUACAAAAGUGUUGGUGAAUAUAAUUCUGCUAUGUUCGGAAUUACUUCCAGGAUGAUGUUAUGUGGACAGGAAGUAAGUGAUUUCGACAUGAUCGAAAAAACUCUCCAAACAUUUCAUCCUGGAAAUGUAAUUCUGCAACAACUAUACCGGGCAAAAGGUUACACCACUUACUCGGAGUUGAUGCAAGUCCUCCUUGUAGCUGAACAAAAUAAUCAGCUCGUGAUGUUAAACUAUCAAACUCGUCCAACUGGAUCAUCACCAUUCCCAGAAGUGAAUGUUGCGUCAUCCAGUCAAAAUAAUAGAACCGUUACCGCGGUCGCGGACGAGGUCGUGGACGAGGAAGACAAAAUGAUGUCGGUCGGGAAGCAAGAAAGCAAAAGGAAUCUGCUUGUUACAGAUGCGGCAUGA